AUGGCGACGCCCAGUGGCUAUAUUGGACGGUUAGGGAGCUUUGAGAAGGCUCGCGAACCUUUUACUUCAUAUGUAGAACGUAUGGAACUGUUUUUCAUGGCCAAUAACAUCGUUGAAACUUCCCAGAAUGCUGAAUUCGUGAAGGAACGGAAAAAGGCAAUUUUACUAACUGAAAUUGGAACAAAAAUCUACGUAACUCUCGCAAAUUUGUUAGCGCGCAGCAAGCCGAAAGAUGCAACAUUUGACGACAUCAUCGAUAAGUUGAAGAAUCAUUUCGAUCCUAAGCCGUUAGAGAUAGCUGAAAGUUACAAGUUUGGAACAAGAAAUCAGAAACAAGGUGAAACAGUUGGUGAGUUCAUCAUUGCCUUAAAGAAUUUAUCCUUACAUUGUAACUAUGGAUCUUUCUUGAAUAGAGCUUUGCGAGACAGAUUUGUUUGCGGGUUGGCUGAUGAACGAAUUCAGAACAAACUGUUGAAUACUCAAGAUUUAGAUUUUGAUAAAGCCUGCCAAAUUGCUUUGUCGAUGGAGAUGGCAUCAAGAAAUGCUCGUGAACUUCUUUCUGUUCAUAAUGCUGGAAGUGUGAAUAGUCAGAAAAGUUACACCCGUAAAGCUAAACCAACUAGUCGUGAAGGUAAACCCAAACCCUCUAAUGCUGAAAGUAAAAAGCAUGGAAACUGUUAUCGCUGUAAUUCCAGAAAUCAUCCACCUCAAGAAUGUCCAUUUAAAGGUUCACAAUGUUUCAAGUGCGAGAUGAAGGGACAUAUAGCUAAAGCUUGUAAGUCAAAUAGAGGAAAGGCUAGUGUACCGAGUAAAGGUAAAUCGCGUCGAACUGGCGGUAAUGCUGAAGUUCAUGCGUUGGAUGAAACUGAUGAUCUAGAGAAAUCUAUGCAGCAUAAUUUGAAUUUGUAUUGUAUGUAUGCUACAGAUUCGAUCAAUAAGUUUGAAACAGAAGUUGUAAUCAACAAGAAAUACUUGACUAUGAGGAUUGACACCCAGGCAGAUUGUUCUAUUAUGAGUAAGGACACAUAUGAGAGAAACUUCAAUGAUGUACCUUUGAGACCAAAUUCAUUAGAACUCAGAACAUAUUCUGGUCAGCAGUUGGACUUGUGUGGUGAAUUUGAAUGUGAAGUCACCUAUGAAGGGAAUACAUUGUUGUUGCCCAUGAUGGUAACAAGCUACCCGAAUCGUCCUACACUGAUGGGUAAGAACUGGCUGACUAAGUUGAAGUUAGAUUGGAAUAACGUGUUCCAUGUUGAGUCUUCAAAAUUGCAGAGUCUACUCCGACAGUAUAGCGGAAUGUUUGAAGACAGCUAUGAAGGGAUUUCUGGUGUGGAAGCGCACGUAAGAAUCAAGGAGAAUUCAACUCCAGUCUACUGUAGACCGCGACCAGUACCGUACGCACUGAAAGAAGAAGUUGAGAAAGAGUUAAAAAACCUUGAGAAAAACAAAGUCAUCGUAAAGACAAACUACAGCGACUGGGCAACUCCGAUCGUAGUGGUGCCGAAAGCCGAUGGAAGUGUUCGUCUUUGCGGAGAUUAUAAGACCACAGUCAAUCGAGCAGUUGAUGACGAGUGUUAUCCUCUUCCCACAUCGCAGGAUUUGUAUGCAGAGUUGGGAGGUACCAAAGUUUUCUCGAAGUUGGAUCUUUCUCACGCGUAUGCACAACUCAACUUGGAUCAGCAAAGUCAGCAGUAUCUUACUAUCAACACGCAUAUGGGAUUAUAUUCCUACACAAAACUACCAUAUGGAAUUAAGUCCUCACCGAAGAUCUUCCAAGCGACAAUGGAUAAGAUUCUUCAAGGUAUCCCCCAUUGCUUGUGUAAUCAAGAUGAUGUAUUGAUAGCUACAACCACAGUGGAUGAAAAUCUUGAUGUGCUCGCGCAAGUAUUGAAGCGUUUGAAUGAUCAUAAUGUGAAGCUAAAAAGGAGCAAAUGUGCCUUUGUGGAAAGUGAAGUAGUGUACCUAGGGUUGAAAGUAAGCUCACAGGGGCUUCAACCAGUCAAAGAUAAAAUUGAGCCAAUCAAUGCUCCUAAGCCAAAGAAUGUGACCGAGCUAAGAUCAUUUUUGGGGAUGGUUCAGUUCUAUUCGCGAUUUCUACCGGAUCUUGCGUCAGUGUUAGCACCGCUCCAUAAGUUACUACAGAAGGAACAGAAAUGGGAAUGGUCGAAAGCCCAACAGGAAGCAUAUGAGAAAUGCAAGCGAAUGUUAACCAGUGAUGCACUUCUCGUUCACUAUGAUAACAGGCGUGAAUUGAAGAUGUCUUGUGAUGCAUCUGGCUACGGUGUCGGAGCAGUGAUAAGUCAUGUGAUGGAUAAUGGAGAAACAAAGCCAAUCGCAUUUGCAUCACGCACCUUGACGAAGAGUGAGCGUAAUUACGCUCAGAUUGAGAAAGAAGCGUUGGGUAUCAUUUUCGGUAUCAAGAAGUUUCAUCAGUAUCUGUAUGACUACAACAUAGAGUAUCUCAGUUCUAAGGAGAACGCUGUCGCAGAUGCGUUAUCUCGUUUGCCUCACGAAGAUUCUGAAGAUGGUACAGAAGGUAGUAUCUAUGUAACUGAUGUUGUAGACAGUAACUUUCCAGUAACAGCAACAGAGAUUGCUGCAGAAACUCAGAAAGACUCUGCUUUGAAACAAGUGUAUGAACAAACUUUAUAUGCAUCUAACGGAGCUGCAGAUAGAACAGUAAGAGUAGUGAAAGAAGCUUUGAAAAAGCAAGUGUUUGAUGGUAGUUCUAAGUUUAGUAUGAAGCGAAGACUAGCCAAUUUUCUGUUGAAGUAUCGUACUACUCCUCAAUCAACUACUGGUUUUACACCAGCUGAGCUUUUGAUGAAGAGAAGGCUUAGAACAAGACUAAGUUUGAUUUUACCAGAUCUAUCUCAAAAAGUAGAAAACAAACAAUCGAGUCAAAAGAGAUAUUUCAAGGGUAGUCGUAGGUAUCGUUCAUUUGAUGUUGGUGAGAACGUUCGUAUCCUUGCUCCCCCACACAAAGAAGGUAAAUGGGAGUUGGGAGAAGUUGUUACUGUUUGUGGAAGUAGAAGGUAUCUAGUUGAUAUAAGUGGUAGAGUUCGAAGUGUUCAUGUAGAUCACAUGUUAAAAGCAAGUGAUAACCAAGAGUGUUUGCCAGAGUCUAGUGAUCAUGCAGAUUUGGAUGAUAGUUUUGAUUUAAUUUCAUUGCCAGACUCCGCACAGUCUCGGCAGUUAAAUUCUGAAGUGGGAAUAGAAAAAUCCCCAGUCAAAAGUACAAGCGGCCCAAGUACAGAUAGAAAGAAAUUAGGAAAAUCACAGCUCCAAUCCUACACCCGUACCGGAGUAUGGGGAUACGUCUGUCCCGUUGAUGUGAACAUCAACAUCAGUGAAGUCUCGAUCUUUCCCGGAGACAAGACGCCUUUGAAUCCUACCUACUUUGGGAGACAAGCCAUUGUAGGAUGGAAUGUGAUUUUGGGUAAAUUUUGA